UUUUCAGCGUGUUCCUGCUCCAGCCCCGCGCCGCUGCCGGGGCCGGUGGGUUUUAUUUCCUGGAGCUCAUCCAUCGGUGACGUUGUGACAUACGAUGAAUGUGUCGGUCCUAAUAAAAUCAAACAAACACGUACAGAGCCUUCCACACAUCCUUCUCCUUCUCUGGGGCAGUUUGGGGAGGUGCCAAGCUCUUCUCUGUGGAUUUUCCCAUCAGGGCUUUGCUCCUGGGGUCGUUGUUAGAGGAGUUGCUGAUUUUUUUUAUGAGGGGUGAGCACUGCAGGAGCCGGUUGCUUUCCCUGCAGAGGUUCCCAGAAUCCUUGAAAGAAGUGAGGAUCAGUGCCCAUCUGGAAGUUGGCAUUGCCUUUGAGCCCUGAGAUGGUGGAUUGAGGAAGGGGAGCAGGUCACCAGUGGGUCACCAACGCACCCUCCCUGCUCCCAGCCUUCAGGCAGAGGGACAGCGAGGUGUCUCCUUGGCCGUGCUGGAGGUGCAUGUGGGGACGAGCCUGGUGUUCUCCGUGGAGGGGCAGCAGGCAGUGCUGCCUGUCUGGUACACCAGCAACUCCCAGAAUGAGCCCUACAUCACCUGGAUGCUGAACAAGAAACCUGCUCCCUUCCAGAUCCUGUCAUUCAUAGGCGGGGUUGUGAAGGUGGAGGAGACAGAUCUGAUGUCCCGCGUGGGGUUCCUGUACCCCAUCCUCAGCCACAACAUCUCGUUGUUCAUCAAUGCCACCCGGGAGCAAGACUCGGGUCAGUACAUGUGCACCGUCAAUGUGGUGGAUGACACCAUCAGGAUGCACAAGAACGUCGGCCUCAUCAACCUCACCGUCCUGGUGCCGCCAGCCACCCCCACCUGCCAACUACAUGGCAACGCCGUCGUGGGGGCCAACGUGACCUUGAGCUGCUCCUCCAAGAAGGGGAAGCCCUCGCCCAUGUACCAGUGGCAGCGCGAGCCGCCCACCCUGCAGGUCUUCUUUCCCCCUGCCCAGGACCGAGCCAGGGGCACCCUCAAGCUGACCAACCUCUCCCUGGAAAUGUCGGGGGUCUACGUCUGCAGGGCUGAAAACCAAGCAGGUUCUAAGAACUGCAGCAUUGUCCUGGAGGUACAAUCAACAAGCACCAAAGCAGUCAUUGCCGGCGCCGUGCUGGGCUCCCUGGGUGCCCUUGCCACCAUCAUCUUCUUUGCCCAGAAGUUUGUUGGCUACAGGAGGAAAAAACGUGACAGCCAGGAGGAGGGAGCCAACGAGAUCAAGGAAGACGCCGUGGCACCCAAAACCCCAUCAUGGGCGAGGAGGCCAGCUUCAGAUACCAUGUCCAAAACCAGCACCCUGUCCUCCAUCGCCGGCACGCGGCAAGCCUACGGAGCCAGAGCCCCCUCCGACACCGCCUCCAUCCUCACCACCACCGGCAGCUACCGGGGACCCCCGCCCCGGGCAGGGGGGCGGCCCCCCAGCCUCUCACCCCCAGCCGUUAACGGGACCCCCCGGCGCCGCCCGGACCCCGCCGCCGCCCCCGCAGGGUCGCUGCCCCCCUCCAGCCUGGCACGAGCCGGUGCCGUUCCAGUCAUGGUGCCAGCACAGAGCCGGGCUGGCUCCUUGGUGUGAGCACCCCCCAAAACACAGGGGUGCCCAUAGCCAGCCCAUCCCACUCCCUGUUUCCUGGGGUGGUUUUGGUCCCUUUUUGGGUUUCCUUUUCUUUUUAACAGAUGCCUCGAGCAGCUGGACUCAUCGUGGGUGUAUUUAAUGGGUGCAGGGGCUCUCUGCGUUUGGAGGGACCGAGUCUCCCCAUAAAUAUCACCCCCCAAACCAGCCCCAGCCCUGCCUCAGGGGGGUCCCCUUCUUGUGAUUUUUUUUUCUAUAUCUAUAUAUCAGGUGAAAUGAGGGAUUUUUCAUAAAAGAGCAUUAUAAGUGGGGGAGGGGGGGUGAUGGGGACACACACACACACACACACACACACACACACACACACUUUUUUUAGGGAUUUUCUGAUUAAAAGCUGCUGCGCUGCCCA